AUGGUGACCGAGAACCGUGGCACCGGCAAUAAGGUCAAAGAUUUCUUCAUCCUGACCUACUGCUGUCUGAGCUACUUCUUCAACUACUUGGACCGUGCCGCCUUCGCCAAUGCAUACGUUGCUGGUCUCCGGGAGGCCCUGCACAUGAAGGGUCAUGACUACAACACCGUGUUAUCAGUGACCACCGCGGGCAUGGUCGUCGGGCAGAUCCCCCACGGCAUCGUCAUCGGCCUCCAGAUCGUCCGCCCCAAGAUCUGGCUGCCGAGUAUGGUGCUCGUCUGGGCCGGCCUGACCAUGGUCAGCGCCGCCGUCAAGACCACCGCCCAGCUGUGCGUCGUCCGCUUCUUCCUCGGCCUCGCCGAGGCCAGCACCUACUCGGGCGCCAUCUACAUCAUGGGCUCGUGGUACAAGCCGCAGGAGAUCUCCAAGCGCACCGCCAUCUUCACCGCCUCCGGCCAGGUCGGCACCAUGUUCGCCGGCGCCAUGAUGGCCGCCAUCUACAAGGGCCUCGGCGGCGUGGGCGGCCUCGGCGGUUGGCAAUGGGUCUUCAUCAUCGAUGGCAUCAUCACCCUCCCCAUCGCCUUCUUUGGCUUCUUCUACUUCCCCGACAUCCCGGAGAACACCAACGCCCGUUAUCUUAGCGAGUCUGAGAAGAAGCUCGCCGUUGGGCGACUACCCCCGGUCGUCAAGAACUCGCACAGCGUCAGCCCCUUUUCCCUGCUGAGGCGCCUCGUGCUCAUGCCUGGUUUCUGGAUCUUGGUGCUCUGGUCCCCCCUGUGCGCGACCCUCGAGGCUUGGGUUGUCCAGGGCAACUUCAUCCUCUGGCUCAAGUACCAUGCCGAGCACUUCACCCAGAGCCAGAUCAACACGUACCCCCUGGGCGUCCAGGCCGUGGGCAUCGUGACCAACAUCCUCGCCGCCUGGCAUAUGGACGCCACCGGCACCCGCGUGCCCAUGGUGUUGCUCGUGUGCAUCAUCCAGAUCGUGUGCGCCGCCAUGCUGCUCGUGCCGACCCUGCCGUUCGCCGGCACCAUGUUCGCCUUCUACCUCUCGGGCUCGUCGUACAUGGUCAACCCGCUCAUCUUCGGCUGGGCGAGCAUCAUCCUGCAGCGCAGCGGCGACGAGGCCGUCCGCAGCGUGACCGUCUACGCCAUGAACGUCGGCGCCACGACGCUGUACACCUUCUGGGGCAUCAUCUUCUACGCCGCCGACGAGGCGCCGUACUGGAAGAAGGGCGCCAUCGUCAUGAUUGUGUGCUCGGUCCUCGUCCUCGGCUUCAUGGGGCUUGUUAUCAAGAUGGACAAAGACUCGCUCGCAAAGUACGGCUCGAUGACGGUCGAUGAUUUUGAGGCGGCCGCCGCAUCCCGCAAUCUUCAGACACCGCCCGACGGGGAUAAGUCGGACAGUGAUGACCAGAAGAACUCGAGCUCUUCGAAAGUCACAGCUAUAUGA